GUGAGGGGGUCCCGGGGGGGAUCCCGGGGGUCCCGGGCCGCGUUCCCUUUGGAAUCCCGGUACCCUCGGGUGUGGUGCCUCUUCGCUUUUUUUAUCUUGUGUUUUUGCUUAAUCGCCCCUUUUUUCCGGCGGCGCACCGGUGGGCAGAAAGCGGGCAAGGAGAGGAUCAGAAAAUAGCAACCCUCAGAUCCCGUAGGCCUGAGGGGCGAGAGUGGUGUCGUUUUUUCCCCAAAACGACCCCAGAAACGCUCCCCAGCCAAAGCGGAGCUGGCGGGAGACGGAAAUUCCAUCAGCAUCCGCUGCGCUCACUGCAUUCCAUCAGCCAAGCGAUAUCCACGGGCGGUGGGAGCCGCUCCUGGGAUAGAGCCCUCCUUGUCCGCCGCCUUUUGUGCAGCGCCCUGGCCGGCAGGGCCCUUCUGACGGCGUAAAAAAGCUCAGGCAUCGCUUUUCAGGAGAGAUCCCUGCGGACCUUCCCUUUGAAAUGAAUGAAGCAGCCCCACUGUCUUCCUCUGUUAUCUCAAAACACGGCCACGGGUAUAAUUUCUGUGAGACAAUUGAGGGCUUGGGUGUAGCUGGGAGUUUGGGCUGUUUUCCCGUGCUUUUCAGGCCAGUGGAAAGUUUCCACCGAGCCUAAAGCUGUGGUCAUACAGCCCUCCUCGGUCCUGCCCGAGGAUUUGGGAUUGCUUCUUCCCAUCGCCAGGGUUAAUCUGGAUGCGUCGCUGCCACUGGCAACCUGACCUCUGGAUUGUUUUGGGCUUGUUGGAAAAUGAGAGCCCGAGGCUCAGCAUCGACCUGCGGAAGAAGCUCUGUCCUGAUGGCCGUGGAUGUGGGAAAAUCACCUUCUGAAGAGUCACUGAGCGGGAAGGCCGAGGGCAAUGGCAGGUGGGACGGCGCAGACACGGAGAUGGACAUCCUGGAGCUGGCAGGGAGCCUCCACCAGCUUCUAGGGACAGAGGAAGCCAAGCCCAGCCUGCAAGGCGCAGAAAGCAUGGCAGUGAGCAGGCACAGUCACAUGGCCACUGGUGUUACCCAGGGAGGCUCAAGCUGCCACCCAAAAGUGUCUUCAGCAUUUGUGCCCAGAUUUUCCAGAGCAAGCGCAAACUCCUCAGGGAAAGGGGUGUUAGUGGACAGAGCUGCUGAUGGUGGCCCUGUGCCUCGACGAGUUGGCCACUGGUUCCUCUCUUCAGAAGAAGAGCAGGUGAAGGCAUCGGGCUCUUGGGACCCGGUGUCCAGCCCUCCCAGCCGGCGCAGCUCUGCCGAGGAGAACGUCCUUGCUGGCAGCCGCCACGAUGCCCAUGUUGGCCGUCGGAGACAAAGUCUGGGAGCUCAAUCCCCGAGUCCUUCCACCCCGGAGCUCCUGCGGCCCCCCCCGGGCCCUCUGCUCGAUUACCGCAGCACCGUGGGGCACAUCCAAGAGAUCUCCUCCUACCAAGCCGAUUACUGGGCCUGUGCCAUUCCGGAUUCACUGCCCCCAUCUCCGGACCGCAGCUCACCCCACUGGAACCCCAACAAAGAGUACGAGGACUUGCUGGACUACGCUUACCCGCUGAAGCCGAGGUACAAGCUGGGAAGGAUGCCAGAGCCUUUCCUACAUGACUCAGGAAUAGGUCUGGACAGCUUUCCUACUUCUCCUGAGGGCAUGUCCAGGUCCACCAGCAUCUACGGCCGAGCUGGGCAGGCUCGGGGAAACAGAGAAAACGGACUUUGGGAGUUUGUGGCCUCUGCAGAGAGAUUGAGAUUCUCCACCCCGAGGCCUGGAAAAAGAGGCUGCUCAGGAGCUGGCUCGUACUAUGAACCUUUACCUGUUGCCAAAGCAUCAUUUGCAAGAAGUGCUUCCUCUCAUCCUUCCCGAGGUUUUGCUCAGGAUGUAAGGGUGGAAUCAUCUGGGCCGAACUCACCUGGGGCCCCUGCUGCCAAUGGGAGAAGCUGGGAUACCACAGGAAGCCCCUGCCCAAACUACACAGGGCAGGUGAAAAGCACCAGUAGGUUUUUACCCAUCACAGGAGUGCUGCCCCUGAGGAAGGAGUGGGAGGGUGAUGAAGAAUUUCUUUCCCUGCCUCCGAGACUGCAGGAGCUGGAAAGGCUCGCUCAGUUUUUGUCCAAUCUUUCCUUAACUAUAAGGACGCCCGGGCAUGACCACCAUAACCUUCCACAUCACAGCACCAGCAAACAGCCCCUUUCAUCCAGGCUGGCUCCUUUUGGAGAAGUGAGAGGUGGGGGUGACAGAGGGAAUACUGAGGGUUAUGCUGGGCUGUGGCAACACCACAGCUCCCGAAAGCCCAGCUGUGAAAACACAGAAUCUGAUGGCUGGAUCCAUAGGGAUCCUCCCCGUGGGCUUCAUCUACCAACUGGUCUCAGGGACACAUUGGAUGGGAUGUGCCUAAAUGAACCACGGGUCAGAGGGCAUCCAAAGAAGAGCCAGCAGAGCGAGUCCCUUAUCCAGUGUGUUAAGAUGUUUUGCUGCCAGCUGGAAGAGCUGAUCCAUUGGCUGUACACUGUGGUGGAUGUCACAGGCAGCUGGGUGCCACCCUCACCGGAUGCCAAGAGCGUGUUGGCAUCGCUGCACCGCUACCUGGAGUUCAGGAAAGAUGUGGCUGACCACCGGAGCCUGACUGAGAGCGUGCUGGAGAGGGGAGAAGCUCUGCUGGACUGCAUGGCAUCGAAUUCACCAGCUCUGAAAGACACGCUGGGUUUGAUUGCCAAACAGUCGGAAGAGCUUGAAAGCCACGCGGAGCACCUGUACAAGUCCAUCCUGGCAGCUGUGGGCAAGGAUGCGGGGCAGGACAAGGGGGCUGCAGCACGCGGCUGCUCCCUGGGUGCUGCCUCUGUCAGACCUAGGCUGCGUUAACCCACCUCAGGAGGGCCGAGAAGAAUUGCAGCAAGUCCCAAACCACCUCCAUCACCUCUCCAGAGAUGCCAAAAUCUGUGUCCACAGUUUCCCAAGGGGCUGAUUUCAGCGUGGGUUUGUGCCAUGGCUUGAGAAAGGUGCGCUGUACAGCGAGUGUGCUGUGAUGUCCAGAGCUGUGUAAGGAAUGUACAGCUGGCCUUUUCUGGUUUGUUUUUUUAACAUAGCUUCCCUUUUUUUAUUGAAGUGGGCUGUUCUGUGUUAGCAAAACGUCAGGAACAGUUUUUAAACUGAGCAAUCCGUAGUGUGCCGUGAGCUCGCUAAGUAAAGCCGUGUGAUUUUAAUAGCCCUGUUCUCAUGGUUUGUUUAUGCUCGUCAAAAAUAGGUGUGAGAAGCCAAGAAAUAGCAACCCCUUCUGGUUCUUGGGAGCAAACUGAAGGCCUGUUUAUAAUACCACUCCCCGCUGAAGCAGAGCCUGCUUAACUUUCCAUUUUGUUAUUCAUAAACACAAAAAGCCGUAAGACUGAAUCCAAAUAAAAUGAUAAACAGGAGAGUUCAGGCAGGGAGGAGCCAGGUUCUGUGUAACCUGCUGGUACCUGCUGCUGGCAGGAGCUGUGUCAGUGCUGUGCUGGUUUCCCAGGGUGAAGAGUUGUGCCUUCCCCCUUUCCAGCUACUGCAGUUAAAUCACUGCUCAGAACAUUCAUCACGGGUUUCCAAACCCCUUCUCCAACAGGAAAAGGGCAGCUCUGAAGCAGCAUAAGGUAAGUGGCCAAAAAAAGUUAGUGUUGGUACUUGGCUUUAAUUAACCUUUAACCUGAGUGGUGAUCAUUCUUGUGCAGAAUACAUUUCCUCCCAUUCCUGUGAACAGAACACGGAGAAGUUUCUGUUCUGCACAAGUAGGUUCUGCACAAGUGAAAGCAAAGUUAAACUGAAGCAGUUAUGGCAAAUAAUUCAUUGUGGUUUGGGGGGGUGGAUGUUCUCCCAUGUUCUACAUCCUCAGCUUGAAGGGCAAGUUUCUUUGGCCCAGUGCCAAAAGUAUUCAAUAUCUGAGCUCACGGGUAAGAAACUACAGUGCCUUUUUCCGUGAGUUUUAGGCUUGCUCUACUCUCCUCACACAGCUCAGCCUGACAACCCCAGGCUUCAGCAUGGAACAGCACCAGCCCAGUGACCCAGUUGUGACUGAGGGGGAAACAAAGAACCACCAAACACCUGGUGUAGCCCAACUGGUUUUGCAAUGCUUUUAUUACUGUAUAUAUUAACAUUGGUUUGGAUAGUAUGUAGCAGGCAUCUCGACAUUGAAGUUCAUUUGUGCACUCUCUGCAGGGAAUAUGUUUUACCCUCAACACACCUCCUUCUGCUUCACUUCCUGAUCUCAGCAGUGCUCACUGCUCCUUCUGCUCCUGAGGAGCAGCAGGUCACAUUUAUAAUGAAUUAUACCAACAAGCACAUCUCUACUAGAAAGCACAUCACUUUAUUGUGAAGGUCUCAAGUGGAAGAGUUCAACUUAACCAUGACAAUACUUUAUGUAUUACAAUUGCCUGUUGAUUUAUGCAACUAUGUUGAAGAAAGCUGUUAGCCAAAGUCACCCCCCCCCC